AUGAGUGUCUCGCCGCAGCGACGGUUUCCCUCACAGAAAGCUGUGGUUCGGCUUCUCGAUUCCAGAUGUGUUGAGGUUUUUUUUUCACAUUUUAUGAAAUAAUCAUCCAAUUGGUUGAAGAUAUCCCUUCACGCACGUCUUUCUGUCGAAGACGUUCUUCAACGGAUCGCCGAGCAAUGUGAUAUCAAUCCCCACGAUUCGCGUUUUUUUGGUCUUGCCUUCGCGGACCAUCUGUAAGUUGAUUACAACUGAAAAAUCCUUAUUCACAUUUUCAGAGGCUAUUUCCACUGGCUCGAGAACUCACUGAUAUUAUCUGACUUGGCCGAUCAGAUCAAAGAGAAUAAAUAUUUGCUAUUAUCCCAUAAUGUCCGGUAAGUAUCUUCUAGAGUGGUUUUAUCCAAAAAACUUCGUUUCCAGCUUUUUUGUCGACUCAGUUUAUGAUAUUCAAUGCGCUUCGACAGCCAAAUUUUAUUUCUUGGAGGUUCAUAACCAAAUUGUCAGGGUUUGUAAGAAGAGUUCAAAUUUUUGAGAAUCAAAGAGUCUUAGCACGAAUUGACCGUAUCGGAAGAUGUCUACAUCGAGUUGAUGGCGUCGGUUUUGACAGUUUAUGCGCCUGAUUUCUCGUGAGUUUUUUGAUAAGUGUUAUUGAAGCACGGCUUUUUCUCAAGAUGAAAAAAGAUAAAAGUGUUGGUUCUUGCCCUUGUCAUUUUUCUCUCGCACUUGUCUCUGAACAAGCAAUCCAUCAUUGUCGACCUUCCUUGCCUUCCGUUGCUUCAGACGUCAAAAGAUGAAAACAAAGAGAUAACUCGGGGAAAUAACAGGGAGGAAGCGGUGCGCGACGUGUUGCGCCACAUCUUGCCGCACUCUCAUCCGCGACAUCUCCUCCUCGGUCACGACGACGUCGACGCCGCCGCCGAAGACCUCGAACGUCGCGUCGUCGACCACUACAACCACAUCCGCGGCCGCUCUCUCGGCCUCGCCAUCGUCUCGUAAGAGAUUCUUUGUAUUUCGAAAAAUAUACUUUUCGAAAAAAAAGUUGUGGAAAUAGGCUGUAGAAUGUUCUAAACGUGGGCUGACCUUAGAUCCUUGAAGUCAGAACUAUUGAUAAGACAGGCCGCCCCGGGGGCGAUCCUACCCGUAAACCGGUCUCAUUGUUAAAAGAGCCGUCCUUCCUAAUUGUUUCCACCGAUGUCCUCCUUUUUUUUUUACUCAAUUUGAACUUUGCGGGUCACGCCCCGGACGAAAUAUUCAAAUCGCACGGCAGCUUUUCUAAAACUUCACCUCGGUAUUUUAUGAGUCGAGAAUAUUUAUUAAGUGUGGUUGAAGUUUGAUAUACAGACACAUGAAAAAAAGAAGACGAUCCAUUUGACAGGAAAAAAAAACUGCCUUUCAUAUAAUUAACCGCAAAAAGCUCAAGUUCAAGUAACGAAUAAUAUAAACAAAAAAGUUACUAAUAAUUUAAAAAAAAAUUUAAUUAGCGGUAUCGAAAGUAAAUUAAGCCUAGAAAAACUAUUGGAAAUUCAGUGGAUUUAUUGAAAAAAGUUUUCAUUUUUUUUUGCUUUUUUUUAGUGCUCAGGCGGGUGUCGGGAAAAAAUAUGGAAGACUUUUUUUUGCCAUUUUAAGGUUGUUCGCUAUGAGUUUUAAUCCAAGAUUUCUAUUUUAAUCUCUCAAAACCGAGUUUUUCGAAAUAAUGAGCCUAUAGCGCAUUCCUCAGGUUCCUGAGCAAGGCGGAGGUCUGUGACAGUUAUGGGUACCGUUUUUAUGAGGUUUUCGACGACGGAGGCCGGAAAUGUCUGUUGGCUCUUGGAUCCAAGGGCAUUUUCAUCUAUUCUAUGGACACUCUAGACGAAUGUUUACAGGUCAGCAUUUUCAAUUGUUUUUCAUUGUUCAAAUAACAUAUGUUUGAUGUUUUCAAAAAGUUUUUGCUUUUCAGGUUUGAUAAACUGAAAAAUUCUGAGCAUCUUCAAUUAUGAACUGAAACUGAAACUUCGAACAAUUCCGAAAAAAUGGUUUACUCUUUAAGUUUGAUGAAAGCAGCAAUGACUUUUUUUAUAAAGAAUUUUUUUGUCAGAAAAAAAAUAUUUGGAAAAAAAUUAGACCAAAAAAAUUUUUUUCCAAUUAAGAGAUAUAUUUCAGAAGUUCCACUGGCGUCAACUCGACAAUCUGUAUUAUCGUGAAACAAAGUUUUCCAUCGAGAUUCGCGACACAAAAAGGUAGGAAAAAACUUCAUCAAGGAAAAUUAAUUCGAAAAGUUUUCAACCUUCAUUAGUCAUAAAAUUAUAUUUGAUUGAAAAAAAUGGGUUUUUUGUGCUUGACACGGGAUGAUUGAAAUUCGCAAGGCCUGAAAAACAUUAUUUUUGGCUCGAAUAAAUUUUUAUAAAUCAAGAAAACAGUUCAACGACAAGUCAUUGUUUAGAUCUCAUUAAAAAUCAAAACUGAAAAAAAAAAAGAAAAACGUUUUAAAAGUGCUUUCAUAUCUUAUUUCAACUGAUUUUUGCGAAUUUCUACCCCAUCGUAGUUUCAAUAAACUGUGAUAUAUACAAUCAUACGUAGUCAACAUUAUAUAACAUGAAUUCCAGGGACGAGUCAUUCGAAACGAGUUUCGGAUCGGAGUUAGUGGACGAACAGCUGUCCGAGGCGUUCAGUCAUCCCACCACGCAGUAUGUUUUUUUUGCUUGUUUUUUCAAGUUUCAGUAUUAUCAUCUUCUUCUUUCUGCGCUGUUUCCUAUUUCUUUUUGCUUUUUUAAAAAUUAUUUUUCCUAAAUUUCUUUCGUUUUUUUUUUGGUUUUUUAAUGGACUUGGAUUUAGUUUCAUAAUAAGGACUUUGUUUUCCAAUUUCUAAAAUUUUUUGGUUUUUUGAACCCCGGUGUCUAUAUAAAAAAAGACGAGUAAUUCGAAAAUUGGGUUUUUUUUCCUUGCCUUUAAAAGCAUAAAUUUUUUCGUAAGUUAUGAGAAAAGGUAUAGAAAAUCAACGCCUACAAAAACACAAAAACGCAUAUUUCAUCAAAAAGUUGACUAAAAUAAAUCGUAUCAAUUUUUUUAGUUUUCGGGAAACUGUGACUCUCCGUAAAAUGAGAGAAAAAUCAUAAUCUCUGAUCAGUACUCGAAAAAAGGGAAAAAGAUUUAAUGUGCGACGAGUUGAAUAAAGACGACACGAGCUCUCUUCUGAUGACGUCAUCCACUGCCUUCACGAUCGCCGGAGAACAAAAAAAAACAUUUUGUACCGCCUUUCUUUCCUUUCACGUCCACUUUCAACGCUACUUUUGUUUUCAUUCCAAUUUUUCCCUUUUGUUUGAUUAAUUUCGUAACGUCUUCUUGACUUUUCUUCCGCACCGCUGACCACACGGAUUUGUCAUCGUUUUUAGCAUUUUUCGGCAGGAAAAAAAGGAAGGUUUUUGGCCUUUUUGAGACGUUUGAACGGUUUUUGUUGCCAUUAUGCGAAGUUCAUCGUUGUUUUGGUCAUUCCAAGGUUCUAGAUUCAAAAAAAAAAAAAAAUUUUCUUCAUAAUUUUUUUAAGGAUAAUAUUGUUUCUAAGGGUUCUUAUUAACGUCGUUUUUGGUGAGUUGGUUAUCUGUAAGUUUUCGGUCUUAUUUUUUCAGUCUUUAAAAAGGCUUCUGUCAUAACUUUCAGAAUUUAUAAGCAGAUGAAAAAUCUGGCUGCUGAAAGUAUUAGAGAUGUAUCUAAAGAGGAAUGAUAGAUUUUUCUAAUAAAUUCCAUUCAAAUACGCUUUUUCAGUCAGUUAAUGCGUAUCCUCUCAAAACCAAAUGAAAAAUUCACAGCAAUUCAAAUGCUUCGGAGCGAAAACCCUUUUCGAAAUUGAAAUUACCGUGACCUGACAGGUUGCUGGAUCCCGAGGAAAGAAAAAGUCGCCGAAAGACAAAAGCCUGUCGCCGCCGACUGCUCAUCAAUAUCCGAUGCGCACAAAUCGUGCAUGCAAAUUUUAUUGCGAAAAUGUUGAGACGACCUGUCGCCGCCCCGUUGUUUCCCGCCUCUUUCCCGAUGAUCUAUCGUCGGCCACGCUAAUUAUUUUUCCUCUUUUUGUUUCAAAUUUCGAAUCGAAUUUUUCAUAGUUCAAAAUUUAUCUGUUCAAUUUUUUUCUUCCAAAUUACCAUACAUGGGAUGAACAUGACUAGCGACAGCCGAGUUAAUUUUUUUGUAAAAAAAAAUUUUUGUGAUUACUGAAAAUAAUGAUGUUCUAAGUCUGAUUUGACUGAUAUCAGAUUGACUUUGGUAAGUCCUUUUUUUAAAAUAGUUUUUUUAAAAGAUUAUAUGUUAGAUAUUCAAUGAUUUCGGAAUGUUCCCCACCUUCUUUUUUUGUUUGACUUUGUUUGGAACUAUUUCUCUUACAUAGUUUUUCAGAAAGAGCUUAAUAAAAAAAUUAACUUUUUUUGAAAAAGAAAUUCUUUCUUAUCGAUAUUUCUCACAAUCGACGCAUUUUUUUGUUCAUUUUUCCCGGUCACCAAUUAAACGAUCCAUAUUCCGAGUGUGAUUUCUAUCUUUUUUUUUCCGACUUUAUACAAAGAAAUAGUUUUAUUUUUAUUUGUUUUUCUAAUUUUCAACUUCAUUUAAGUUUGAUUGAGUUUUCUGAUAAGUUUUAAUUUUUUUUUUAAUAAUUUAUGCAGCGUUUAAAGUUAUUUCGCGGAAAUUUUUUCUGCCUCUCAAAUUUUCAUUCAUUUUUUUCACUCUUUAAUGGCCGCCGCAUCUCGCGGAAUCGCUUUGAACAUGACAUUACCGUUCCAUUCAAAUUUUAUCAAUUUUGGGCGAGAGAUUUGAGAAUAUUCGUAGGGGAAGAAAAACGAUCAAAACUUCCUCUAACCGGUUUUUUUUAUUCCAGAGUCUCCACGUCACGACGUCGAUCCCGGGUGUUCAUCUACAACUUUCGGUGCGAGACGUCGCACGUCUGCCGCACGAUCUGGUCGUCAAGCAUCGCGCAACAUCAGUUUUUCUUGGAAAGGAGGAAUUUGGGAAAGGUGCGCUUUUUUUAUUGUUUUUUUGCAAGUUUUAAUAUCUAUCACUUGAUCUUCAAACUAGAGAUGAUCGAUUCAUUGAGCAAUAAUAUUGGGGCUCCUGGGUUUCGAAAAAGAAAAAAAACUGGAAAAUGACCUCGGGGAGGCUGUUUCUCAUCGGCUCUUGCGCUCUGGGGAUAAAAACCCUUAACACUUUGAUCUAUGUUUCUGUUUUUCAAGGUUCAUUUGAAUGUGUAUUCUCACUAGUUGUUUCAUCGUGCAUUUUGACUUCAUUUUCAACGUUUUCGAACAUUCUGUCAUUUUACUAAUUUCUAAAAUUUUUAACUUUUGACUUCAACUUGAUCGACUUAAGCUUAUAAUGAUUUUUCGGAACGGGCAAUCCCGAAGAUCAAUUUUUUAUUAUGUCAACUUCUGUUCAAUUUUCAUUAUUUCGUAGUUCGAAACAUUGAAGCAGUCGAUAUUAUGUGCACGUUAUAUGCUUGGCCAAAUUUUGACGACUUUUGCAGCCGAGUUUGGCAAAUAAAAACGGCGGGGCUCGAAUUGCCUAACGUUUUUGUUUCGAACUCGCCUUUUAUUAUCUUUUAUUUAUUGUUCAGCGGCUAUUCCUUCCUAGGUCUUGUUUUGGAAAUACGACCUUUUGUCUAUAUUUAAAUUUAAAAAUAGGCUUCAAGUUGGCCGAGAAAAGUAGUGUGUAAAUUGAGGAGGUCUUCGAAAAUUUUGAUUUCGAAUUUUGAAGGAGAAUCAUCUAGAAGUUUAUCUUCCCUUUUGUACUUUUUUGAAUUCACUUGAACGCUUUCUCUUGAGUUUUAGGAUCUCGAAUCUCAAAAAGUUAGAGAGCAUGGUGUAGUAAGAGACAGAAACAGGGAGAAAAUAUUUUUGUGUCUGUAAACAUCUCUAUCCUUCAGAAUUAUCAACAAAUCUUCAUUUCGAAUCUCCUUUUCUCACUUCCCGACCUGAUUUUACUUAAAGCUUUUUAUCAUUUUGACCAAAAUUGAAAAAAUAGCGAAUGCAAUCUCGCCUUUUAUGUUUCUUUUCAUUCUCACGAGGCUUUGAAUUUUCGCGAGACUAAUGGCUUUCUCAUUUUCCUUUACUAUGUCAUUAUAAAAAAGAAAAUGAAAAAUUUUCCCAAAAGAUAUCAAUUAAGAGACGUAUAUUGUCGCCAAGACAACGAGUCUGACGCAUUAUAUUUGGGAGGAAUUUUUUGGGUGAAGAGAAUUGAAUCUCUCUUUUUUUUUCUGCUUUUUAAUUCUUGUUUUCGAAUUUGAGUAAUACAAAUCUAUGUGAAAACCUUUUUCCUCCUACGUUUCAUUUUUAGUUCUCUGCUUAUUUGCUGUAAUUGAAUGAAAUUAUGCAAUUAAUUAGAAGGAAUUAAGUUGAGAUUUUCUGUUUCUUUUUCGAAAAGUGUUCUGUUUGCAUUUUUAAGGCUCUUAAUAAAGAUCUAAAUCCGGAAAAAAGCCUUCUUACCGUGCUAAAUUACUUUGAACAAGCUUACUAUGGUAUAUUUUUUAGGUUACUUUUGGAUGUAAUUGAGUUAAUAAAAUCAAUAUACUGGAUUUCUUUUUGAAAAAGCCCACUUUCUUCAGACUCCUCUCAGGAGUUUCGUGGCUAACAUAACAUCAGAUAUUUCAAUAAUUGUUCAUUUUGAAACAACCGGAACACUUGACCACACCAACUAGACUUUACCGAGUCACACCUUAAUUAGGCAGGUAAUCGGACUCCUUGUUAGUGCGGCUGAGCCGAAACUUAAAAGGCGCCCUAAAGACGCAACCUGGACAAACAAAAACAAAACGAGUAACGGUUUGGGGUUGGAUGAAGGCUGGCGGGAUUGCGUCCUCGUCGCGCGCCGCGUUUUUCGGUAGUCCUCUGGAUUAUCUCAUUAGGAGGAACGCGCGGAAAACGACAGCCACUUUGGUGCCUGUGUUGCGCCAUUACUUUUGCCGACCUUAA